AUGUCCAACCAGACAGAAUGUGAUGAGCACAAACAAGCUGGUGUCCCACUACAUGUCCAGAGCACCACCCAACACCACCUCUACACCACCUUACCAACAGCACCUUACCAACAGCACCUCUACACCACCUUACCAACAGCACCUCUACACCACCUUACCAACAGCACCUCUACACCACCUCUACACCACCUUACCAGCACCACCCAACACCACCUCUACACCACCUUACCAACAACACCCAACACCACCUCUACACCACCUUACCAACAGCACCUUACCAACAGCACCUCUACACCACCUUACCAACAGCACCUCUACACCACCUCUACACCACCUUACCAACAGCACCUCUACACUACCUCUACACCACCUUACCAGCACCACCCAACACCACCUCUACACCACCUUACCAACAGCACCUUACCAACAGCACCUCUACACCACCUUCCCAACAGCACCCAACACCACCUCUACACCACCUUACCAACAGCACCUCUACACCACCUCUACACCACCUUACCAGCACCACCCAACACCACCUCUACACCACCUUACCAACAGCACCUUACCAACAGCACCUCUACACCACCUUACCAACAGCACCUCUACACCACCUCUACACCACCUUACCAGCACCACCCAACACCACCUCUACACCACCUUACCAACAGCACCCAACACCACCUCUACACCACCUUACCAGCACCACCUCUACACCACCUCUACACCACCUUACCAACAGCACCUUACCAACAGCACCUCUACACCACCUUACCAACAGCACCUUACCAACAGCACCUCUACACCACCUUACCAACAGCACCUCUACACCACCUCUACACCACCUUACCAACAGCACCUUACCAACAGCACCUCUACACCACCUUACCAACAGCACCUCUACACCACCUCUACACCACCUUACCAGCACCACCCAACACCACCUCUACACCACCUUACCAACACCACCCAACACCACCUCUACACCACCUUACCAACAGCACCUUACCAACACCACCCAACACCACCUCUACACCACCUUACCAACACCACCUACCAACACCACCUCUACACCACCUUACCAACAGCACCUUACCAACACCACCCAACACCACCUCUACACCACCUUAUUAA